AAGCAAUUUCAGCUCAACAUGAGUUUUGCGCAAUGGAUUAAAAUAUUUGGAAACUACCGCAGAUAAAUUCCGCAAAGUAACUCGUUCAGGCUUCCGAUUAUUUGACUGGUUUUGUUUUUAAAGUAGAAGAGGACCUUAGUACAUCAUGGCGAACACUUGCAUACAGUUCACGGGUUUUUUGAUGAGUUGUUUGGGUUGGAUCGGUCUAAUCAUUGCCACUGCCACUAAUGACUGGGUCGUCACCUGCAAAUAUAACAUGAACACCUGUAGGAAGAUGGAUGAACUGGAGGCAAAAGGUUUGUGGGCAGACUGUGUGAUCUCGACGGCGCUGUAUCACUGCAUCACACUGACUCAAAUUCUGGAAUUACCAGCUUACAUCCAGACAUCUCGAGCACUAAUGGUCACAGCAUCGAUCUUGGGACUGCCUGCUGUCGCGCUCGUGCUCAUGUCCAUGUCCUGUAUUAACCUUGGCAGUGAACCAGAAAGCGCCAAGAAUAAGCGAUCAGUGCUCGGAGGAAUCCUAAUACUGAUCAUUGCUUUUUGUGGCAUCAUCUCCACUGUGUGGUUUCCCAUUGGAGCCCAUCACGAGAGGGGCUUGAUGUCUUUCGGAUUCUCCCUGUAUUCUGGCUGGGUGGGCACUGCACUCUGUUUGCUGGGAGGCUGUAUGAUCACCUGUUGUUCAGCUGACACCCCUGCUUCAUACACUGACAACAAUCGAUUGUACUACUCCAAACAAGGCCCCACCCAUCAAAGCAUUGCCUCCACUAACCACGCCAAGAGCGCACACGUGUGAGCAUUGGGAAUACUUCAGCUCAUCAGACUUUAUGCAAUUUCGUCCGACCCAUUCGAUUUUUGCUCUCUUUCCCUUUGCUUUUGUGUUUCAUCCGUGUCUGUAUCAACAGUGGUGACACUGUGGAUUGUUAUCGUACAGCUGAACUCCAGGCAUUUGACUUGGCAGCAGUGUUACAUAUACAGUAAUAAGGGACAGGCGCUGGUGAAAGACCUGCUGUAAUCUGAGGACCUGUACUGAAGGAUUUUUCAUGGUUUUUACUGAUUCUACACAAUAUAAUGUGCCUUUUAAGUCUUAUUUUUGUAGUGAAAGUUUUGAAAUCAUGCAUUUUGCAUUUUAUAUGAGUACUAACAGUAUUUGACAAUGUUGUUUUUCUUUUUGUACAGCUAUAUAAGAACUUGAUUAAUUUCAGAACACUGUUUAUGUCAAGAACACACAGUGAAGUUAAAUUGGGAAAUUAAUAAUAGCUGGCCAAAUGUACCUAUAGACCAAAAUUGGACCAAAGCAGUAAUGAGUCUGUUAUUUAUUGUAAUACCUGUAUGCUGCUUUUAUUAUAUUUGUUAUAUAAUAAACAAUGUUGUCCAUGUGAAAUUGCCUUCUCUUCAGCUAUAAAAUUAUUCUUUUUAUUAUUAUAGGCCAUAUGAAUAGUUAAUAAUAUUUUUAGAUAAAAUCCUGUGGGAAACUGAACUGUAAACUAUGUUACUCAAUUGUUGAGUCUCAGCACCUGUCAGAUGCUUAUGCAUGUGUACUGCAUCAUCAUUAAUCCACUCAUUCAUUCUAGCUAACAACACUCAAGGGCACAUAUGAUUCAAGAAGCCAAGACACAGUCUGUACCUGUAUCAAUUUCUCUUCAAUGAAAAGCUGGUUCCAUUGCGACUGAUGCACAACUCAAUGAAUGAGAGUCAGGACUGAUUUUAAAGGUUAAUGGUUGUAAUCGUCCAUAAAUGCAGAUAUAUGGUGUGGUUGUGUCUGCCAUUCAUCUUUUGUUCUGUAGAUAGGAUCCUAUGCAGUAAAUGCUGGUAUACAAUAUGUGGGGACACAGUCAUAAAUUGCUGAUUACUAUAGAAAUGAGUUACAUGUUAGCAUUUUUUGUCUUUGUGGUUUAGUGGGAUUGAAAAAAGACAGUAAAUAUAAUCAUGUGAGUAUAAUCUUAUUUUACAAAUGGUGCAGCUUGGACAUCUUAAUUAUUGCUUCUUAUUUGUAAGUCUUAAAGGAAUAGGUAACCCCAAAAUUUUAAUUCUCUCACCCGUUUUUCACAUAAGGUUAUCAUAUUGCUUCUCACACUAUAGUUUGACUUGCAUGUAACUUCUAAAGCUUUAAAGCUUGUGUCAAUAUUUAUUGUAAUUGCAUGGAAAAGAGUAACUCUUCAGAUUUUCUUAUUUUGUAAUAUCUUGUGACAUAAGGGUGAAUAAAUGAUGGGGGAAUUUUAAUUUUUGGGUUAACAAAUCCUUUAACCUUUCAUUCUUUGCUUGGAGGUAGUUAAUGGUGGAAUAAAUAAAUAAAAAAGUUUUGUUAUCUACAGUAUAUUUCUUUUCGAAAUAUGGCUGCACGUGAUUUUAUAAAAAGAAAGGGAGAGACAGACAAACAAAGCAGAGAAUGACCUGAACCAGCAGGAAAUAAGAGGCUGAAAGGAGAAUUCUUCUGAUAUUAAUCCAGCCCCCAUUUGUUCAUUGCUUGGAGAAAGGUUUUGCAUGUUCUUUGAAAGCAAAAAGUAGGUUACAAUUUUAGGAAGUUACUGCAUUAGGAACAAACACACGGCAACCUCAUUUUCCUUUUUAAAGUGCUACCGAGUUAACAUUUUUCCAAGAAAAUAAUUGUAAUAAUUGUAAACUGAUGGAAAUAUUAGGAGCAUGACUCACUAGUUGUAGCUUGGCUGUUUUGCUUGGAAACUGGGACUGACCUUGAGAAGAACAGAGAAAUCUGUGGUGAAAAAAUAUGUCUAGUAUGUUUACCAAAUGAAUUGGGAAAUAUGUGUGAUUCUUUUCUUAAAGGUUCAGAAUUAGGAUGACCUUUGGAAGCAAAAGACUUUAACAAAAGUAUUAAGAGAACUGCUGUUUUUGGGAAGACAAUGUUUGUCCUGGACCCUUUGACAAGAGGGGUCCACUAUUAUUACAGCCUACAAGAGGAGACUCGCCCAUAAAAAGUUUGCUUUGGGCCCUGUGAAAAUGUACUACAGUAUUAAAGUAACUUAUUGAAGCAAUUGAUGAUAAACAAGAUUUUGGUUUUGUUUGUCGCAUGAAUAUGUUUGCAUAAGCAUAAAAGUGCCUGCCAUUUACAUAAAGGUAUUUUAAGCUUCCCUGUAAAAUAGAAACUAUCACACACUGCCAGCACAUUCACCAUCUUCCUCACAUCGAGGAUGUCUUGUUUAGCACCAGGAUAUUUUGCAUCAGAACAACAGGGACGAUGAUCCCCCAACAAAUUACAUUCAAUAUAAGGACAUUACAUUUAAAUUUGAUUUAGAUAGAUGACAGAAAAUGAACACAAAUGACGUCCUAUGAGUGUCUCAUAGGAAAAACAUUUAUGAAGACCCUCCCACAAGAGGAGCGUGCUUCAGGAGGGCUGGUUAGGUCGAUGUCUGUGCCAUACAGACGGACGGGUCUGUAUGAAUUAAACAUAACAACAUGCUUUGAUAUCUCAAAACCAUAUUGUACCACAUCGACAUAGACCACCACUGUAGCGAUGAUAAUGGAACGGUAUCGUUUGUCUCAUUCCUCUGCAUAGCCCAUGGCGGCCCUCCCAGUAUGACCAUGUUUCCAUUGUGCUCAGGUACUGCCCUCAGAUCAGUGUUAUUCUAGGCUCGGCGCUCCACCCCACAGGAAACGGAACUAGACUGCAGCGCUUACACAAGCCAUCCGCGUGAGGAUAUUUGUUACGUCUGAUUUUGGGUUUUGUGAUACUGCCUUUAAGCAAAAGGAAAAUCAAGAGUCUUAUCUGAUCUGCAAUAAAUGACUUUCAUUGUUGCAUGGAAGCAAUAUUAACAUCUUAUUACACAGUGCAACGGGAGAGCAAACCACAAGAAGAAGAAACAAUAAAUAGAUUCGUACAAAAAAAUCCGAAACCAGAAUACAUCCACGUCAUACCAAAAUAUACAGCAGAAACAAAUAUCAGAUUUGCAGGGAAAGCCAGUCUACACAUUUCCUGAACAAAUACCAAACAAACUAUGAUAGCAGGAAAGAUAGCUUACAAAGUACAAACACUGUACCUUUUCGCAAAGACAAAUAACAAUAGUAGCUGACUUUGAAAGCAGUAGUGGAAACCUUUUUUUUCAUACAGAUUCCAAAUAACAAAAUAUCUCUGUACUGUAUUUUUUUGUCUUGGUUAACCGUGCCCUCAUCAAGCCUACUAGGCAAAUUUGAACAUAAAAAUGAAAAUCGCCUUUUAUCGGUCAUUAAAAAUAUACGCUUUCCCAACUUGUCUUUAGAAGUUCUGCUGAACCCACAAAAUACCACCAGCGGUGGAUAAGCUACCCCGCAGAUAACCCGAAGUUUCGUAAUGCCUGUAAAAAAAUACCUCUCUUUGAUUUCUUUGUCAUGCCUCUACGCUUUUAUAUGGUGCUCUGCUCUACGGAAGUAAAAUGGUGUCUUUUGUCAGAUACAGCAAACAAAGAGGUCGCAGACUUUGGCUUGAUUUGUAAACAGAGUCCGCUCUGUUUGGGGGGGGGCAGACUGCUUUCAUUACGUCUCAGAAUGCUACAUUUGAGUUUUACAUCAAGUCUUUCACCACACAUGCAAAUAGCACAGUUUUACUCUGGGCCCUGUAUGUCUGUAACAUGCUACACAUUCAGCAAAAUGUCACAGCAACAAAGAUAAUCACAUCAAAGACCAGAUGCAAGAAACAAACCAACCCAGGCCCCAAACACAGCUCUAUACACUACGCUUGAUGGCAAAUGUAUGCAGAGAGCCUAUGGGACAGCAAGCUUCUCAAUCGUCUAUUUUUCUAAAUAUUACAAACAAGAGAGAGGAAGAAA